AUGCUGUUGGCCCGCCUGUCGCACCUCGCUUGCUUUGCUGCCUCUGCGCAUGCCCUGGGCUCUGCUCUGCCAGCGUGCCAUGUGGACGGGCGCACUCCCGACGAGGCUCCCGACGAGGCGUGCGCGCAGCCCAUCAGCCACGUCGUCGCCGUCACGCCGGGCUCCUUGUACGCGGCCAAGAUAGGCUGCCGGGACUGCGAGGUCGUCGAGCGCUACGGGGAGGAGGGCGCGGAGCGGAAGCACAGGGUCGUCAAGAGCGACUACGCCCUGUUCUUCAACGUCAGCCUCGCCCACGACAAGCGCACCGUGCUGCUCAACCACGAGCCCGUCUUCCCACACCUGGCCACGGUGCCCGGGCCGCCGCGCCUCUACGCCACGCAGCUGCGCCCGACCUUCUCGUACGCAAACCUGUCCGCCGCCCUGGCAUGCCCGAAUCCGUCUUGUCGGCAGGCGUUUUUCCAGCACAUACAGGCCGAGUGCGUCGAAUGGUGCUACGACCUCGCCCUGGGCGCCAUCUCGCUCGACUACCUGUACACGGCAGCGCCGACUGACGCCCACGCCGCGGACAGAGAGAGCCCCGCCGACGCCAAGUACUGGGAGCUGGCUCUCGACGCCAUCGGCGGCUCCGACGGAUACGAAGACGAUGCCGUGGCCGUCUUCGACAAACCCGAGCAGAAGAUGCUGCGCGUAGUCGUGGCCGGCACAGAGGCCAAGACAGAGACACCCCAGCCCGGGAGCAGCCUGUUUGGCUCUGUCGGGGACGAGGACAAGGUCUACGAGUACCGCAUCGUCGACGUUGCCCUGGCCCCGCGACGAUACCGCUUCCCCGCCAAGACGCCCCGCACCGUCUGGCAGAGCAUACGCACCUUCUUCGGCAUGGACAUAUGGGACCACGACGGUCAGCUCGUCUACCUGUCCCGCGAGUGGGGUGACUGGGGCAAGAAGGGGACACUCCGCGACAUGUUUGGCCACUUUGUUCAUUGGCACUUGUGGUCCCUGGUGUGGAUCAUCGUGGCAAGUACAGUGGGAGGUCUCGUCGUGCUUUAUGGCCUGUACCGGCUCGUCUUGCUAGUCCUGCAGCAGCGGGAGCUCGCGAGAUGGGACGGCAUGGAUGCUGUCUGGGAACAGGUGCGCCGGGAAAGGACCGACGAAGAAGAGAACGCCUUACUGCACGGCGCGUAUCGGGACGAUCCUGGCGAGGAAGGUAGUACGCACCCGCCUGUUUACUCGGAUGAGACUCACACCAUGAAGCCCCUUCCGACCAAGCCCUUGCCCGAGAAGCCCUUGCCUGACGUUCCCCUCAUUGAUGCAGAGUAG